CCGGAUAGACACACGGGCGCAACAAUCUCCCAAAAUGCCGGCUCGCAAGUUUCUGGAAUUUGUUUGUCUUGGGAUGUUUCUGUGCUCUGCUUUUCUUUUUAGAGGGUCGCUGCAGGGGGAGCACCAGCGGAAACUGUACAAGGAGCUGAUGGAGAACUACAACCGCUUGGAGAGACCCGUCUUGAACGACUCGUCGGCCAUCUUGGUGGAACUGGGCAUGACGCUCCUGCAGAUAAUCGACGUGGAUGAAAAGAAUCAGGUCCUGAUUACAAAUGCUUGGCUGCAGCUGCACUGGACCGACGUCUAUCUGAGCUGGAACCCUGAGCUGUAUCCGGGGGUGAAAAACCUACGAUUCCCGUCCAGUCAGGUCUGGGUGCCAGACAUCCUCCUCUACAACAGUGCAGAUGAAAGGUUUGAUGCCACAUUUCACACCAACGUCCUGGUCAAUGCUUCAGGGUACUGCCAGUACAUUCCACCAGGGAUCUUGAAAAGCACCUGCUACAUCGACGUGCGCUGGUUUCCCUUCGACGUGCAGAAAUGUGAGCUCAAGUUCGGCUCCUGGACACACAACGGCUGGCUGCUUGACUUGCAGAUUCUUGCCGUGGACACCUCUACCUACAUCCCCAAUGGAGAAUGGGACCUCGUUGAAAUGCCGGCCAAGAGGAACGAGCUUUACUACGAGUGCUGCAAGGAGCCGUACCCGGACGUCACCUUUACGGUGGUGAUGCGCCGCCGCACGCUCUACUACGGCCUGAACCUGCUCAUCCCCUGCGUGCUCAUCUCCGGCCUCGCCCUGCUCGUAUUCCUGCUCCCCGCCGACUCGGGCGAGAAGAUCUCACUGGGAAUUACGGUCCUUCUGUCUCUGACUGUGUUCAUGCUGCUGGUGGCCGAAAUUAUGCCGGCUACGUCUGACUCUGUCCCUCUCAUUGCACAAUACUUUGCUAGCAUCAUGAUGAUCGUGGGCUUCUCUGUGGUGGUGACAGUGCUGGUUCUUCAGUUCCACCAUCACGAUCCUCAAGGUGGAAAGAUGCCAAAGUGGGUGAGGGUGGUCCUGUUAAACUGGUGCGCCUGGUUUCUACGCAUGAAGCAGCCCGGGGAGGACCGGAAGAUCCUCGGAUACAGGUACAGCCCUCCGUCCCUCCAACGUCGCUCCAGCAGCAGUAGUAUGGAGAUGAACGCUGUUCCCAGCCAGAUGGCCAGCAGCAGCAGCAACGGCAAUAUGAACAUCUACUACAGCUACCACACGGUGGAGAACCCCUGCUUCCCCCCGAGCAGCGACUCAGGCGUCAUGUGUGGGCGGAGUCCCGGCUCGCCGGCCGAGGACCGGGAGCUGCCCCGGCCGCUGGGGGAACACGCGCCGGAGAUUGCCAAGAUCCUGGAGGAGGUGCAGUACAUCGCCCAGCGCUUCAGGGACCAGGACGAGGGGGAGGCCAUCUGCAACGAGUGGAAGUUUGCGGCGGCCGUGGUGGACCGCCUCUGCCUGGUGGCCUUCUCGCUGUUCUCCAUCAUCUGCACCUUCACCAUCCUCAUGUCUGCGCCCAACUUCAUCGAGGCCGUAUCUAAGGACUUUACAUAACUUCUGUGAAUGGCCAUCGCAACGGAAAGGGUGAACGGCAGAGAGAGAGAGAGAGAGAGAGAAAUGAUAAAGCAAAUGAGUACAGAUUCACUUUCAGUUUGCAUUUAUAUACACAUUUAAAGUUCUAUAUAUAGACACCCACAUAAAUAACGCGUAACAUUGGUGGCUCCUCUCUUCGCCGAAUUUAACGUCUUUUUCAUGUUUCCUGAGAAGAUUAGAAAGGUGACGUCUCACUGUGAAAUGUCUGUUACAAUUAAACUUCAGAACAGUUAGACUUAGCGGUCGGUUGUAUUUCUUUCCCAGUUCACUUGAGUGUUUUUCUUGCGUUUCACCAUGUCUGCUUGUUUUCAUUUUCACGUAGAACUUUCAGAGACGUUCCUGUUAAUUUAGGCUGCGACAUACCGCUGCCGUACACCUUGUGCACAGUAAUAUGUUUGCUUCGUGUAGAGAAACUGACGCCGACAAGCUUCUGGACGAGGCCUUUCAGUGUUUUGCUCUCCAACUUCCCGACUUGUGGGAACAGAAGGUCCAACGCAGAAGAAUCACAACUGGAGAACCCUCCCAGGUCAGCAUUAAAUACUGCAAAGGUUUUGGAAGAGAUUUUUAUUAACUGUGACAAAAUAUCCCUCACUUCUGCAAAGGAUUAACCUUCUGUUGGGAACUGAGUGAUCACUGGAAUGGAACGAGACACAGAAAUUCUGAAGAAGAUAUUUAUAGUCAGACCGCCUCCUAUUGUUAAGUUUGGUAUUUGGUUCGUGAGUAAAUUGUGUGAUUGUUCUAACAUUUUCAGGAAAUUUGGCAUGUGGAUCUGCCAAUUCGCUGUACGGUUUAUUCUUGCAGUAAAUGGCAAUGUCACCUGUGUCAUUGUUGUGGGACAAAAAUUCCACCGAAUGGAAUAUUCCCCGGGGCGGCAUGGUGGUGCAGUGGUUAGCACUGUUGCCUCACAGCUCUGGGAUCUGGGUUCGAGUCUCCGCCUGGGUCACAUGUGUGCGGAGUUUGCAUGUUCUCCCCAUGUCAUCGUGGGGUUUCCUCUGGGUACUCCGGUUUCCCCCCACAGUCCAAAAACAUGCUGAGGUUAAUUCGAGUUACUAAAUUGCCCGUAGUUGUGCAUGUCAGAGUGAAUGGUGUGUGAGUGUGCCCUAAGAUGGGCUGGGCCCCAUCCUGGGUUGUUCCCUGCCUUGUGCCCAUUGCUUCUGGGAUAGGCUCUGAACCCCCCGUGACCCAGUAGGAGGCUUGGAAAAUGGAUGGAUGGAAUAUUCCCAAUUUUAGAUGAGAAGUUGAUCUCUUUAUACACAAAAGCUCCACCAUGUUCUGUUAAAAGUAACUCCAGUUUUAUCUUAUAGAUUUCAUUAUUAAGAGAUGUGUAAUUUACAUAAUAUUUUCAUUGCCUAGGAAAUGUUAUAAUCAUAUACCAAGGAAUUGACAGCUGAAUCCUGUAUUCAUUGAUACGAUGGUCUGGUGAAAUUCAAACAUCUUCUAAUACUUAUACAAUAACAGUGAAACUGCUGUCUUAAUUGUGGGCAACUAUCAAAGAACAUAUCAGUGCUUUGAAUGCACAUUCUUGAAUUCACAGACAAAUUGGUGCAGCUGUUAAAUUAUGUCAUUUGAAAUAUUCAGUUAAGCAGCCAGUUUGAAAUGUAGCUUAGACUAAUUAUCAGUGAGGUGAAAAGCCCAUCAAAGACAAACUGUCAUGCUGAAUUUCCUCAUCAUACAUGAAACAAUGAUUCUGUUUACUCAAGCAGAGUCCGCUUUGUAUUUGGAACAGUUUGUUUGCAGAGUUGUCGGUUCGGUAAUUACUUCCAUGAAACAAAUUACUGUGACAUUUCACAAGCACAGCGUCUUCUGCCAGUCAGCCAUUGUCUUGUUAUUUUAAUAAUAUCAUAUUUAAGCUGAAGCACAUUUUGUACAGAAAAAAAAUAAUAGCAUCGGGAGCGAAGUAGCUACUCGAGAAGAAUAUUUUGUGCGUAUUUUCAAGUGUAAUUUAAAACCUUUACCCAGCUAUUGCAAAGGCCUGUUUGACUUUUGAUUUUCCAAAUUCACACUGGGCAAUAUAUUUCUUCAGGUCUGGUCAUCCAACGCACUCAGUUUGGCACAAUUAUACAGACAUUAAGCGAUAUCCUUUCAUCUCGGCACAGGAAAGUCAAAAAUAAAAGCUCCCUGAUACGACUGACUGGGAUUUUAUCAGAAGGUUAUAAUCGAGAAGUAAGGCAGAGUUGAUCUUCCUGCUUUAGUUGUGUAGCAGAUAUGCGUUAUGUGAAAGUGAGUGAAGUUCUUGAGUCAUGAACAGUCCGAACUAACAUCUGCGGAGACGGAGAAUCUGGCAUCUGUCAUGUUUCAGGUAGCGGUGAUGUUCUUGCCACAUACACAGUCAUUUAAACUGUGUUUUUUCGGGAAACCGCAAAGAUGCCUGUCAGCUGUUUUUUACCGCUGAUAUUGCUUCUGUACUGCAGAAAGGAAUCAGCAUUGUUGAAAGAGAGUAUAGUAGGUACAGUGUGGGUUUUUAUGCUAAACGCUAAAUGCUUAGAAUGUUUUUAUGGAGCGUGGUAUAGCAAACAACAGUACAGGCUGAGGUGUUGAAAUCUUGCUAUGAUGUUGUCAUCUUUGUGUCACAAGGAAUGGAACCAAUAGACGUAGCUCUGAUCAGGAAAUAGUGCACAUGUUCAACUCGCAGGAAGGGCUGAAUAUCACAUGCACUGAGUAUUAUGUCAUUGGCUUUGGAAAAAAUACAUAAUGAAAUGUAAAACUUUUUACAGUACAUUGCCCCAAGAGGGCCAUUGCUUAAUAACAGGAGAAAGCAGGUCAGUUACCUAUGUGUUUUUAGUAUAUAUACCUAUAUAUAUUUAGAUUGGUGUGUUGAAUAUAAUUGUGUUUUUUGUAUUAUUUUCAUUUAUUUACAGUAAAGCGUGUGGUUCAUUUUUAAGACAUGGUGUGAUUUUGUGCUUCCAGUCCGGGGACUACGGGCAUAAAGUUACUCACUGUUCAAUAAACAAAUCAAAUCAAA